AUGGCGAAGGAGUACCCUUUGUCGACUCGCUAUCGCGCUGUCGGCAUGGUCAACGGCGGCACGCCCCAGGUACAGGUAGCCAAAGAGCUAAGGAUAGAGCCCAGGACCCUCAGACGCUGGAUGGCCCUCGACCGCAAGGGAGAGGCACUGGAGAACCGCGCGGGAAGAGGGAGGAAGACAGCGAUGAGCCGGGUGGCCAAAAUCGUGGUGGCGAAAUCCGUUACGAAACGGCACCAGUCGACACGGAAACUGGCGCGGAAACUCAGUGCAAAAAAUCAUCCGGCCUCCAAGUCCGCUGUCCAUCGGUAUCUGCGGCAGUGCCUCCGUCUGAAGCCGCUGAAACCGCGCGUGGAGCCCAAGCUGCACGGCAGCACAGCGACGAAAACGAACGACCGUGUUUGGGCUCAGAACAGCUCAGAAGUGCCUGUCAUCGAGACCGUCAAGCAGCCGGGCAAGGUCCUGGUGUGGGGCAUGAUGAGUUUCCGUGGCCUGUCAGACCUUCACAUCGUGCCCCGCGGCCAAACCGUGACAGCGGACUACUACGUGGAGGAGGUGAUGAAGGGAACGGCGGCAUCAGCGAUGAGACGACGGAAGGAGAAUGGACCACCAACGGCCAUCAAACUUCUGCCGGACAUGUCACAGGCCAUUUUCCAACAGGACGGUGCCCCGGCUCACAACGCCACCAAGACCCAGGAGUGGUGCCGGGCCAACUUCCCUGGCUUCUGGGCCAAAGGAGAAUGGCCAGGUAACAGCCCGGACCUGUCGCCAAUCGAGAACCUGUGGGCAAUCGUCCAGGACAGGAUGGACAAGAUGGCACCAGCGUCGUCCGAAACUGCCCUCAUCAGGAACCUCCGAUCGGCCUGGAGCAGCAUCUCUGGAGAAACUCUCGACAACCUGAUGUGUGGCAUGCCGGAGCGCAUGCGGGCAUGUGUGCGGAAGCGUGGUGGAUACAUCAACAAAUAA